UUGUUAAGUGCACACUCCAGAUCAGACGGUGGCGCUAAAGCGACCAAAAGCUGUUUUUCUAACCGUCAAUAAAGACAAAACAGAAGGAAGAAGAUCAGCUAAAAGAAGAGGAGACACAUUGACACAUUACUGCUGCUCUGCUCAGCAGCACGGCUCAGGUAGCUGGUGAUUGCCAAGUAAUGGAGCGUGUGAUGGGAGGAGGAAUGCUACCGGUGGUUUUAACCGGUUUGGGAGUCGUAUUGUUGUACCGGAUACUUGUACGUCUCAGAAAAGGGGCUUCAGUCCAAGGUGCUGUAGUGGUCAUAACUGGGGCCAGCUCUGGACUCGGGAAAGAGUGUGCGCGGGUCUUCCACGCUGCAGGUGCACAGCUUGUGCUGUGUGGACGUGACGCAGCUCGCCUGCAGCAGGUGGUCCAAGAACUAACAGCGAGUUCAGCAAACACACAGAAACUGAUUCACACUCCCUGUACUGUUGUCUUCGACCUGGCUAAAACGGACACGGUGGAGAGAGCUGCAGAAGAGAUCCUGAAAUGUUACGGACAAGUGGACAUCCUCAUUAAUAAUGCUGGAAUCAGUUACCGUGGCAAUAUACUAGAGACUCACAUUUCAGUUCAGCGGGAUGUUAUGGAGACAAAUUACUUCGGGCCCGUUGCUCUUACACAAGCUCUCCUGCCUUCCAUGGUUCGCCGGCGCAGCGGCCAUAUUGUAGUGAUUAGCAGCGUCCAGGGGAAGAUAGCCAUUCCUUACCGGUCAGCCUAUGCUGCGUCCAAGCACGCCACCCAGGCCUACUUCGACUGCUUGCGGGCAGAGAUGGAGCGCUACGGGAUCCCAGUGACUGUGAUCAGCCCCGGGUACAUCCAAACCAACCUGUCGAUCAACGCUGUCACAGGAGAUGGAUCCAAGUAUGGAGUAUUGGACAGAACUACAGCUACGGGCUGGGACCCCAGGGACGUGGCGUGGGAAGUCCUAAAGGCUGUUCGUCAGCAAAGUAAAGACGUGGUUUUGGCCGGCCCUCUGCCCACUGCUGCAGUAUACCUCCGCACACUCUGGCCUGCACUUUUCUUCAAGCUCAUGUCCUCGCGCGCUCGCAAGGAGCAAAAACCUAAGGAUGAGUGAUGUUCAAGCUGGUGAGGUCUAGGACCUGAAAUAAGCAAGACUUUGGAGGAAAUGAGGAGAUCUGUUUUAUAACAUCUGGGACAGAGCUGGAGUGGGUUUUUGUACUAUUCAUUGUUUAAUGUCUAAUUUACAUGUUGAUAUUGUCUGUCAUGUCUGAGAAACUUUUACCCUUCCCACCCAAAAACAACAAAUUGUUGGCAAAAGCCUGCAGUAUCACAUUUUGCAGGCUGGUGAGAAGAGAUGGUUUAAUUUGAACUCCAUAAUUUGGGACUCCUGAUGCAAACAGAACAACUUAAAUAAACCAAACUGUGGUAAAGGAAUCAUGUCUGAUGUUUUGGCAGAAUGUCUACCCACAACUGUGUCACUUACUCUCCUUUAAAAUAUCUACUGUGGUUACAAAGUCAACGUUUGCCAACAAUUUCUCAUUGAAAAAUGGUGCAGCACCCGACCUGUUUCUGGGUCAUAUUUUCCAUGCAGUAUGCAGAGCACAUCACUGAAAAUGAGUCACUUCAGCACACGUACGUGCAGUCGAGUUUUUGUUUCCAGCUAAUAUUCUUUGUCAAGUGUCGUCUGGAUUGGAGCAUGAUUGCACUUUUAUUGGGAGCAGCGAGGAAUUCAGUGUGGAAUCUGUGCGGAUAAACCACUCAUCCAUCUCUGGAGAAGCUGACAAACCUGUCAGAAACAAGCCCAAGGCCAAAGACCGAACUUUGUACAAGCUUGCAUAUGAACUGCUGUGUAUCCCCCAAACACAGUGAAUACAAGAAAACAGGCAGGUUUUUAUAACUAUCUUUAUGCACAGAAUAAAACACCUUUUACAAACUGAAAA